AUGAUCCUCAAGACCGAUACCUGCAGGCCCAGAAGGCCUAUUGAUCCUCCUACAUCAACACUCUUGCCUGCUGGCCAUGUAAAGCAAGCAGGCAGCCGAGCCCUUCCAACUGCGACGCACUUUGAGCAUAACCACAUUUUUACCCUAAGAGAUGGUGUUAAGCUUCGUGCAGACAUCUUCCGCCCUGCUACAGAAGCACCGGUUCCUGCUAUUGUCAUGUGGAGCCCGUAUGGGAAGACUGGCUCGGGGCAGCUGGGUCUUGAUGCCGCGGCGCUGCGAGUGGGUGUUCCCAAGGCAAAACAAUCAGGAUAUGAGUCUUUCGAAGGGCUUGAUCCCGCAGAAUGGGUUCCCAGAGGCUACGCGAUCGUCAACGUUGAUGCGCGUGGUGCAGGAGACUCCGAAGGUGACCUGCGUUGGUGGGGCUCUGGCGAGGGCAAGGACGGCCACGAUUUCAUCGAGGAAAUUGCGGUCCAGCCGUGGUGCAGCGGCCGUGUCGCAUUAGCUGGUAACUCGUGGCUUGCCAUGGCGCAGUGGUUCAUCGCUGCUGAGCACCCACCCCAUCUUGCUGCCAUCGCCCCGCUUGAAGGGGCGGCCGAUGUGCUGCGCGAGACCCAAGCAAGAGGCGGCAUUCCAGCAGUUGCCUUUUCCAAGCUGAUCCAGUCCAUCUUGCCAGGCCGCCAGAGACAGGAAGACACGGCUGCCAUGUUGGCAGCAGAUCCGAACAGGAAUGCUUACUGGGACGAUAAGCGCGCUGAUUUCAGCAAGAUCGGCGUCCCCGCUUAUAUACUGGGGAGUUACUCAACGAAUCUGCACACGCUUGGCGCCUUUCGAGCUUUCGAAGAGAUUACCCAUGACAAGAAGUGGUUUGCUACCCAUACAACCCAGGAAUGGUAUGAUCUGUACAGCAAGGAACGCACGGAGGAUCUUUGUCGGUUCUUCGACUUCUAUCUCAAGGACAUCCAAAACGGCUGGGAACAGACGCCUCCAGUUCGACUCUCGGUUCUAGGGUUCAAUCUGCCCCAUGAGACUUAUUCGCUCACGCAAUUCCCGUGGACAACUCCCGGCUCGAAAACGCUAAAACUGCACCUCAACCCCGAUAAAACCAUGACAGCCACCGCACAGUCCGGACACAGCAACGAACCAACUGUCUUGUCCUACCAGGCAGACGCCCCAACAAUGAACCGGGACGACGCAGACGGUGAAUUGCUCUUCAAGUACACCUUCUCUGACAAAACCAUCAUAGCCGGCCCAAGUAAAGCAGUCCUGACCCUGUCUGCCGAGAAACAAAAUGACCUCGACGUCUACGUCAUGCUGCGCAAGAUGGAUCGGAAUGGCCGCAUCCUGCAAAAUAUCAACCAGCCAUUGUCAGACCUUGGGGUUGCUUCCGCUAAUGAUGUUCCUUCCGUGAGCGUUCUCAAGUAUCUUGGGCCCGAUGGUAAGCUUCGGGCGUCGAGGCGUGCUCUAGCUCCAGAACUUUCCAAGCCGUGGUGGGGGACUCUAUCUCAUACUGGCAAUGAACCUGUCCCUGUGGGAAGCACCAUUGAGCUUGAUAUAUUCUUGUGGCCGACUGGGAUGAUCUUUGAGGCUGGGGAAAGCGUCGUCUUGAAACUUGCAGGUCAUGAUAUGCGACUUGUUGACUUCGAAUUCCUACGGGGCUCUUUUCAGGUUGCCAAUGAAGGAAAGCACUUUGUUCAUGUUGGGGGUGGAUAUAACAACUUUGUUGAACUCAACAUCCUAUGA